AUGGGUUUCUCUCAAAAAUGGGGUUGUGUGAUUCUGUUAGGGCUUGCCAUUGUCUUCCACUUGAGUGCAUUUGCUCUUGGAGAUGGCAAUGAUGAUACAACUCGGUGGGGUGACGACUGUCGGUUUAGUCGGAGGAGAGAUUGUAAUGAUCGUGGAGGAAUUGGGCGUGGUGGGAGGGGGAUUGGUGGAGGAGGCGGGUUUGGUGGGGGUGGAGGGAGAGGUGGUGGAGCGGGAGGAGGUGCUGGAGGUGGAGGAGGACUUGGUGGUGGUGGAGGAGGUGGCGUUGGAGGCGGGUCUGGUCAUGGUGGUGGGUUUGGGGCUGGGGGAGGAGUAGGUGGUGGAGCCGGAGGUGUUGGUGCCGGUGGAGGAGGAGGAGGAGGCAGCGGUGGUGGUGGAGGUGAUGGUGUUGGAGGUGGUUCCGGUCAAGGGGGUGGGUUUGGAGCUGGAGGAGGAGUAGGUGGUGGAGCUGGAGGAGUUGGUGUCGGUGGGGGUGGAGGUGGUGGUAGUGGAGGCGGCGGUGGUGUUGGAGGUGGAUCUGGUCAUGGAAGUGGGUUCGGAGCAGGGGGAGGAGUUGGUGGUGGAGCUGGAGGAGUUGGUGUUGGUGGGGGUGGAGGUGGUGGUAGUGGAGGCGGCGGCGGUGUUGGAGGUGGAUCCGGUCAUGGAAGUGGGUUUGGAGCAGGGGGAGGAGUUGGUGGUGGAGCUGGAGGAGUUGGUGCCGGUGGGGGUGGAGGUGGAGGUGGUGGUGGUGGAGGCGGUAAUGGUGGUCUUGGAGGUGGUUCCGGCCAUGGAAGCGGCUUUGGAGCUGGUGGAGGAGUAGGUGGAGCCGGAGGUGUUGGUGCGGGUGGCGGUGCUGGUGGUGGCGGUGGCGGUGGCAUUGGAGGUGGCUCCGGUCAUGGAGGUGGCUUGGGAGCUGGGGGAGGUUUAGGUGGUGGUGGUGGAUCAGGUGUUGGUGGUGGUGGUGGAAGAGGAGGAGGUUUCGGAGUCGGAAUAGGCAUCGGAAUAGGAGUUGGAGUGGGUGCCGGUGCCGGCAAAGGAACCGGUAGUGGCUCCGGUAGCGGUGGCGGUAACGGUGGUGGAAGGUGA